CGUGACCUAGCACUCUAUUUAAAUGUACGCGAGAAAGUCCUUUCAGUUGUAUGCUACUUUAUUUCUUGUGUUUGGAGGAACGUCUGAUAAAGUCUCUACGAUCUGUUGACUGUCUACUUUUAAGGGUUUGACCUAAAAAAAACUCAGAAUGGGAGCCAGUGAGAGCAAGAUGGCAGCGAGGGCUGCAACCAAACAAGCGCCCAUCAAGAACUCCAGGGUGGCUCGGCUCAUCGAUCCACGUUCCCCAUCGGUGGCCAUUGACCGCACACCCAUUCAGGUUGGCGCGAUUAAAACCGAUGAGCUGACGAGUGAGUGUCCUUUAGUCGGAGGUGAUCCUCGCUCGCCCACUGUAGGCAUUUCCCGCACGCCUGUCCGAGAAGUCAUGAGAGCCAAAGUGGGCAGCCUCGCACGACGUCUGGGAAUGUUGUUCCACAUGGAAGCCGAAGGCAAAGUCCCCAUAAAUGACGUCGGCGCCCAAGAGUGUUGUGACGUCGUCGAGGGCGAGGAGCCGGAUUCCGCCGAGCCUCUCCUGACUCCACAGAAGCCACACGUCUCCGACUCCUUGACUCAACACUCCAACCUCAUGGCCACACCCGUUCAGAGAGAGCAUAGUGCCUGCAGCCCCUUCGUGCUGCUGGAGCAACCUGGGGUGGAAGUGGAGAUUGAAACGGACGAUGCCAACCUGGAGGAGGCAGAGGAGGCCUGUGAGUCUCCGCUCCACAAGAGGCUGAGCAUGAGCCUCAUCACCUGCCACGAGGGAGCGCCCUCACCCCAGAUCCUUGACGAGGUGCACCAGGACAGCAGCGGACUGGACCACCUCUACGCUCUUCCCGCAGUCGCGCCCGAGCCGACUCUGGACUCCUCUGACCCCCCUGUGCAGAAGCAGGAAUUAACCCAAGAGGUGUCCAAGGAGGCUUCCGAGGCACCCGUCUUGCAAUGUCCCAGCGACAUCCACCGCCUCACCCUGGACAUGAGGAGUCCGAGUCAGUUGGUGUUCAAGCCGCAGUGGCUAGGCAAAGGUUUUGGAGCCACCGGGCUCAGGGUCAGGGCCGUGCAAGGUGCCAAGGGGGGGUCGUCCCCUCUGGCUGUGGCGGUGGCGGUGAAGAGCAUCAACAAUGAAAACAAGGGGAGCGCUGGCAAACAAAAGCAAAAAGAAGGCCGCUCCCCGCUGCAAAUUCUGCAGAAUUCACACAGGGGACAUCCUCAGAUGAGGCUCAAAGGUUCCACCCCAGAGAAGGCUCGGCUCGGCCAGGUGGAGCGUAGAGUUCUGUCCGUUUCUCUGAACAAGGAAAAUUGAUGAUGCAUUAACACAUUUGUUUUUUUUAAAUAUUUUCAUCACUCAUCUGUUUUAGGUCUCUUUCUGUAUGUUUUUAUGUGUACAGCUUUCCAAAAUUGACUGAUUUUGUGUUCUGUCUUUUAUUACCACCAUAAGCAGUUUUUCUUGACCCUUCUGUAAAUUUAUAAAUAAAAGCGUUGACUAUUA